CCAAAAGCAUUUAUAGCCUCCUUAAUUUUAGGGCACGAACCCUUUCCCCCUCCGCUCCCUCCCCUGCUUCUUCUCCUCACCUCCCCUCAAUCUCUCUCUCUCUCUCUCUCUCUCUCUCGACCUCUUCCUCUUCCUCUUCCCCUCGUUCUCGAUCCCAAUUAGGGUUCCCCGGGGCUCCAUUUCGAGCUCCCAAUCUCCCCCUUCCAACCGGGCUCCCUUUUGUAACAAAGAUCCAAUUUUCACUACUUUUUACUAACUUCUCUUCUUUGAUUCGCCGUCGGGAAGAUGUGAUCGAGGUUUCAGAUUCAUAUCCCGAGGAUUUUCGGAUUUGAGGUGUUGAAGUCGAGAAAUCGGGGGUGGGGAUGGAGGUCGCGAAGCGCGCGAUCAGGCGCCAAUUCUCGACGGGCUCGAUUAAGAAGAGUGGCAAGCUGGGCUUCCGGCGGAACCUCUCAUUCGAUCCGAGGCUGAGCAAGGCGGUCCGGUUCACCUUCGGGCGGCAAUCGUCAAUGGACCCGAACCGGCAGCAGGGCCGGAGCCCCGCCGCGGGGGGCGGCGCCGCGCUGGAGGAGCUGACGGUGCCGGAGAACCUCGACUCGACAAUGCAGCUCCUGUUCAUGGCGUGCCAGGGCGACGCCAAGGGCGUCGAGGAGCUCCUAAGGGAAGGGAUCGACGUGAAUAGUAUCAAUCUCGACGGGAGGACGGCGCUCCACAUCGCCGCGUGCGAGGGGCGCUUCGACGUCGUCAAGCUUCUGCUGAGCUGGAGGGCCAAUAUCGAUGCCAGAGAUCGGUGGGGGAGCACGGCCGCAGCUGAUGCCAAGUACUAUGGACAUGUCGAAGUCUACAAUAUAUUAAAAUCUCGAGGAGCAAAACUUCCGAAAAUCAGGAAGACUCCCAUGGUGGUUUCUAAUCCACGAGAGGUCCCGGAGUAUGAGCUGAACCCCGGAGAGCUUCAAUUCCGCCGAGGUGAAGAGGUCAUGAGGGGCACAUACCAAGUCGCAAAGUGGAACGGGACAAAGGUUUCCGUCAAAAUACUCGACAAACAAUGCUAUUCGGAUCCAGAGAGCAUAAAUGCUUUUAAGCAUGAGCUAACACUGUUGGAAAAGGUGCGGCACCCCAAUGUUGUUCAGUUUGUCGGAGCCGUCACUCAAAAUGUACCCAUGAUGAUUGUUUCAGAGUAUCAUCCGAAAGGUGAUUUAGCAUGCUAUCUUCAGAAGAAAGGGAAGUUGCAGCCUCAUAAGGUUCUGAAAUUUGCUCUCGAUAUCGCCAGGGGCAUGAAUUAUCUUCAUCACUGCAAACCUGACCCGAUUAUUCAUUGCGACUUAAAGCCAAAAAAUAUCUUGCUGGAUAAUGGGGGCCAGUUGAAGGUGGCAGGAUUUGGUUUGAUCAAGUUAUCGAAAAUUUCACCCGACAAAGUAAAAUUAGCACACCCGGAAUCUCUGAGCCCUAGUCUUUACACUGCUCCGGAGGUAUACAAGAAUGAAAUCUUCAACAGAAGUGUCGAUGCAUUCUCUUUCGGUCUCAUUUUAUAUGAGAUGAUUGAAGGAGCAGCGGUUUUCCACUCAAAAUCUCCGGAAGAGGCAACUAAAAUGAUUUGCUUCGAAGGGAUGAGACCAUCAUUAAAGAACAAAUUGAAGAGUUACCCUCAAGAUCUCAAGGAAUUAAUUGAAGAAUGCUGGGACUCCCAGCCUGCUGUGAGGCCGACGUUUUCCGAAGUAAUCAUUCGACUGGAUAAAAUAUACGCCCAUUGCGCUAAACAAGGACGAUGGAAGGACACAUUCAAGCUUCCUUGGAAAUGAAAGUGAUAUCAUAUUUGCGCUUUAUACGAAGACGAAGAAGCUUAUUCUGUCGAUAUGAAUGUAAAUCAUAUCUUGUAUUACGUACCUUGAUUCGAUUAACAAUGAUUUACUGAUGUGAUCAUUUUCACGGUAAUAAAUAUAUAUAUAAAUCUCAUGAUGAGGCCACAAUACUUGUAAUUUUGUUACUCAAAGCAGUGAAGUAUAAAUGAGAAAGAAUUGUUUCUAAUUUA